CUUGUUUGUGACAGGUUCCCACACAAUCCCCGCAGGCUGUGAAAGGCACUAUGUAAAUGUAAUCCUCUCAGUCCUGAGGGCGGUAUCUGUAAGAGGUGGGCCCUACUAAAGGAGUUUGAUGAGGGGCGGGCUGGCCGUCAUUAAAGGCACUGCGGGCGGGAGGAUCCCGAGUAAUGGAGCGGCCGAAGGCUAAAAGGCCAGGCCGGGGCUGCUACACUAACACUCCCGUUGACUGAGGCGGCUGGCAGGCACUCUGCAGGGAAGACGGCAGGGGAAAGGCCCGGGAUGGCGCCCCGGAGCAGGCACUCCUGGCUCGGCCUCUUCCUGGGCCUGGUGCUCGGUUUCGCUCUCGCCUCCCGGCUCUUGCCGCCCGGAGCCGGCCCCCUGAGCAGGCUGCAGCAGCGGCGGCGGGGUGGAGGACGCGGACUGGUUUGCGGCGGCCACCCGGGGCAGGGAGGCGGACAGGUCCCGCCAGAAAAAGCCGAGGCCUCGGACUCGCGCUUGGUCUACGUGGGGGUCAUGAGCGCCAAGAAGUACCUGAGAAGCCGAGCGAUUGCUGCCCAGCGGACCUGGGCCCAGCAUAUCCCAGGCCGGGUAGAGUUCUUCUCCAGUGAGGGCUCGGACCUGAGUUUGCCGCUGCCCCUGGUCGCCUUGCCCGGGGUUGAUGACUCGUACCCGCCGCAGAAGAAGUCCUUUCUGAUGCUCAAAUACAUGGCGGAGCGGCACCUCCAGGCCUUCGAGUGGUUCGUCCGCGCCGACGACGACACCUACAUCCGCGGCGAGCGGCUCGAAAACUUCCUCCGGGGCCUCAACAGCAGCCAGCCGCUAUAUCUGGGCCAGACCGGCUUGGGCACCCCGCAGGAGCUGGGCAAGCUGGCACUCGAGCCCGGUGAGAACUUCUGCAUGGGCGGCCCGGGGGUCAUCCUGAGCCGGGAACUGCUCCGCCGUGUGCUGCCCCAUAUCGGCCAGUGUCUCCGGGAGAUGUACACCACCCACGAGGACCUGGAGGUGGGCCGCUGCGUGCGCCGUUUCACCGGCGUUCAGUGCGCCUGGUCGUACGAGAUGCAGCAGUUGUUUUAUGAAAAUUAUGAACAAAAUAAAAAAGGCUAUAUCCAAGAUCUACAUAACAGCAAAAUCCAGCGGGCAAUCACUCUACACCCCAACAAGAGUCCUGAAUAUCAGUACCGGCUACAUAGCUACAUGUUGAGCCGCAAGAUUAUGGAGCUUCGUUAUCGCACGAUCCAGCUUCAUCGGGAGAUUGUGCUGAUGGGCCGAUAUAGCAACUCCAAACUUCACAAAGAUGACCUUCAGUUGGGAAUCCCCCCUUCAUUCAUGCGGUUCCAGCCUCAACACAGGGAAGAGGUAUUGGAGUGGGAGUUCCUGACGGGGAAAUAUCUUUAUUCAGCUUUUGAUGGGCAGCCCCCAAGGAGAGGGAUGGAUUCAGCUCAGAAAGAAGCUUUAGAUGACAUUAUCAUGCAGGUGAUGGAGAUGAUCAAUGCAAAUGCCAAGAGCAGAGGUCGAAUCAUUGACUUCAAAGAAAUUCAGUAUGGUUAUCGAAGGGUUAACCCUAUGUAUGGAGCAGAAUAUGUACUUGACCUACUACUUCUCUAUAAAAAACACAAGGGCAAAAAGAUGACUGUCCCCGUGAGGAGACAUGCUUACUUGCAGCAAACUUUCAGCAAAAUCCAGUUUGCCGAACGUGAAGAAAUUGAUGCAAGAGAUCUGGCCAAUACAAUUAACAGUAACUCACGAUCUCUCUCCUUCUUCUCAAACCCCCUCAAAAUAUUUGCCCCUUUCCAACUGGGAACCACUAAAGUUGGGACCAAGGAACCCAAAGACAAGAAAGUCAACAUUUUGGUCCCGCUGUCUGGGCGGUUUGAAAUGUUCGCCAGAUUCAUGGAAAACUUCGAAAGAACUUGUCUGGUUUCAAAUCAAAAUGUCAAACUAGUUAUUUUGUUAUUCAAUUCUGAUUCAAAUCCAGAUAAAACUAAACAAGUAGAACUGUUGAGAGAUUAUCAGGUAAAAUACCCCAAAGCAGAGGUCCAGCUUUUCCCUGUGGCCAGUGAGUUUUCCAGGGCUCUUGCUCUGCAGCUUGGAGCUGCUCAAUUUAGCAAUGAUUCCCUACUCUUGUUUUGUGAUGUUGACUUGAUUUUUACAGUAGAUUUUCUGCAGCGUUGCAGGGAUAAUGCUUUGCCGGGGAAAGGGGCAUACUUUCCAAUUAUCUUUACCCAAUAUGACCCAAAGAUUGUACAUGCAGGGAAAGUUCCCAAUGACAAUUAUGCCUUCACAAUACAGAGCGGAUUCUGGAGAAACUAUGGAUUUGGGAUCACUUGUGUUUACAAAAGUGAUCUUUUGCUGGCUGGUGGCUUUGACGUCUCAAUCCAGGGCUGGGGUAUGGAAGAUGUGGAUCUCUUCAACAAAUUCAUUGAAGUUGGUUUAAAGCCAUUUAGGAGUCAAGAAAUUGGAAUUGUUCAUGUCUACCACCCAAUUUAUUGUGACCCAAAUCUGAAAGCAAAACAAUACAAGAUGUGCAUGGCUUCCAAAGCCUCAACUUAUGGCUCCACACAGCAACUGGCAGAGCUCUGGCUGGAAAAACACAGACUCAAUCUCAGCAAUAGCAAUCAUGACGAUAUAAAGAGGACUUCCUAACAUCCAGCUUGGCUGGAGAACUUUUUUCUAAUUUAUUUUUUAAUGUUUUUAUUGUUUUGAUUUAAGCAAUAUGAGUUAUUGUAAAUAAAGAAUAGAGGCGAAAGGACAUUUCACUUUGAAUUAAAAAAACUGUGAAUGUUUGCACCAGCAAUUCUGGCUGUUUACUGCUCCAGGUGCAGGCCUGGAAUGAAGCAAACUGGUAAUUGCACACAACUCACUGGCAGUUCCCUUGGUAGAAGAGCAGGAGACCAGCCAUGGUCACCAACUUCCGAGAAUAGUCUGCCCAGAUCCUUGAGACGUUAAGUCUAACUUUUUUUAUAAUGUGAAUAAUUUUGGGUUGCUGUUUAAAGUUAUGAAGCAACUGUGCCCAUUUAUAGCAGCUGAACCAUUACACACUGACAAUGUUGUGACUCCAUAACUUUAUUGUGUUUGUUUAUGAAUUUAUGUGUCACGACAUUGCUCAUUUCAAUUAUUGACUUCAUUCCUUUUUCCUCGAUGAACUGAGUUUAGUCUGUAUCCCAAUACCAGCAGCUAAGUGCUGACUUCAGUGAGUGUUAAGUAUGUUUGGAAGUGUUUGUGGCAUUUUGUUUGUAGAGGUCAUAUUUUCCAUAGAUUUAAUUUCCUCAGUGGUGUGUGAUUCAACAUGUUGAAUCGACUACGCAAGAUUGCCAGGGUGUCUCAGACCCUCUGUAUUUGUAGCAUUUUCUACACGUCUACAUCGGUUGAGGAAUACCUUUUGAAAUUUGUCUUCCAUCUUCCUCCACGUGCCCUACAUUCAAAAUAAACUAUUUUCCUGCAGUCAAAUAAUAUGAUAUCGUUCAAGCCAUGACUCUGGUAUAAAAGGUUCCUUUUAUAGACUUGAUGUAAUGUGUUCAUAUUUUUGUAAUUCAGAUUGGACCAGACAGAAUGAAACACAGCACUUCUGUCUUUGUAAGUGAACAUUCCUUCAGACUGAAAUUCUCCAGUUCUGGAUGAACUCCAGCGUGAGAAGGGAGUUUCACCGCCUGUCCAGAUACUACAGGAUUGUUUUCUGCUUUGGGCCUGACUAAAGUAUUGGUUUGUGCACUGUGUGGGGAGAACAUAUUAUCAUCCAGAGACAACAAGGUGCAGAGCUGGAUGAACACAGCAGGCCGAGCAGCAU